CCUGCAUUCUUACCUCAUCUCCAAGGCAAAGCCACCUGCUCUCAUGGGACCUUCCUGUGUUGACUAAGGUGGUCGGGGUGUUUCCUGGCCUGGCCCCGUCGGCUCCGGGGAGCACUUUCAGUCACCUUCCUCAUCCCGCUUGACGGCACACUGGAAGGUACCUAAGGUACCUACCUCACAUCGGGUCGGGGUGAGUAGGACUUGCAGGAGUGAGGUCAGGUACGUACCGAGGAAAGGAACACGGCAAGCUCAAAGCAGGUACACACGCCAAAGCACCUUGCCUUCCCCCGACAACCUGGAAGCAAUGAGCUGCCUGCACCUGCCUGCCUCCGCCCUACCGAGAUUCCUCCUCGUCGCGUCCCUCUUCUUUCUCUCCCAAUCAAUCAAUCAAACAACCAACAAAUCCUUCAUUCCCAGCCACGCGGUUUUUUUCGUCUCUGCUCUCUUCCACUCGGCCAACACCUUGGAUCCUUUUUUUCCCAUUGCAAUUCCUUGGACAGAAAGACUGGCAGACAAGAACAAAAACAAGGACAACUCGAUACACUCAACGCGUCGAACGUGCUUCUCCAACCACCUCUGCUCGGAAAGCUUCUCCCACACGGUACACCUGGCUGCACCUGGAGAAAGCGGACCAGUCACCAACCCAAGCAGCAGAUCAGACCCGACGCAGAUUGCAUGCUUCUGCCGCGGAUUACACACGAAAAAAAAAAAAAAAAAAGAGGUCCAAGCUGCGCGACCCGACCUUUCUCUUACCUCCCAUUACCUCCGCCUCACCUCAUACUUUGGGCCCUUACCUCACCGGAACAGGUACGGUACCUACGGAAUACCUUACGUUACCGCGUACAAAUUACCCACACCCUCGUCAGGUUUCCCCUCCUCUACGACGCGCUAAGGUCGCAGACGAUUACCUAAACAUUCGUUGAACUGCCGCAUCGGUACUCCGUCUCAUCCAGUCUCAUCAUCCGGGCCCUCUUUAUAAGUCCUGGUCGGGUGCCUGUAGUAAUCAAUCCUCCGUUCCCUUCAUGCUGAGUCAGAACCGGAGCUUGAAGAUGCAGAGCGCUUCACCCUCGUCCUCUGCGAAUACCACCACUAACACAGACGCCCACUUGCGCGCGCAGCUUGAGCUACUAAGCAAGCACACCGCGCCCGGCUCGACAGACAACGCGACCGGCCCAGCUCGUGGAGCUCGCCCUCAAGCUCCCAACCCUUUGACCGCGUCACCACCGCCGCCGGCACAUGGCUAUAGUAACGGCUCUACAUCGCCCACUGACGUCUUGCCGCCGAUAGUUAAUAACCAGGCCGACCCGGAAGCGCAUAUCCACCCUGACCUCCGAGCUCGAAUCACGCACGCCCCAGUCGUCAACAUGAUGCCCGCUGGUGUACCACCUCAACCGCAGCAGCAAAUCGCGCCCCCCGCGACGGCUGCCGGUCCUUCCACUGCGCCUCCUACCCAUUCUCCUACAGAAAUGGACUUGGAUGACGGCGCGGAGGGUCGCAAAGCUAAGCGCGAAUUGUCACAAUCCAAGCGCGCCGCGCAGAACCGAGCUGCCCAGAGAGCUUUCCGUCAGCGAAAGGAGGGAUACAUCAAGAAGCUUGAACAGCAAGUUAGAGACUAUAUGGAAAUGGAGGGACAGUACAAGACGAUGCAGUCAGAGAACUACGCGUUGCGCGAGUACGUGAUUCACCUCCAGUCGCGCUUGCUCGAUCUUCAGACCGAAAUCCCUCAGCCGCCGCCCAAUGUCAACCUCCAGCAACCUGCACUCCCGCCUCCUUCGGUCCCGACAAGUGGUCCUGAAGCCCCGCCUAGCAAUGCGGGUGCUGGUCCUCUUGAGGCCGUUGCGCAGGCAGUAGCCGGUCUACAGGCACAGGAGCAGCUUGCGCAGAGAGACCAGUUCACAAGGCCCGAGGCGGUGACCAAGGAGGAGCCGCAACGUGAGCCUGAUGGACCCGUCGACCCAUCGCUACCGGAUGGCCUUCCGGCUCCGACUGCAUCCAUGUGAGCGCACCGAGAAAACGAGGGCGCGUCGCAUUUGAAUCAUGGUUUUCACGUCGCUGGCGUUGCGGUACAAUGGUUUGUCAAGAUAUUACUAGUGGACUGGCGUUACCGGCAUGGCUUCUAUCCACCCGUUGCGGGUGUUUUGUUUGCAAUGCCCUCGGGUUUGAGUUCUUCAAAAGAGAGAUGAUGUAGGGAAUUCGUGCUUGUAACAUUGACACGAGAAGUGAAGAGUGUCAAAGGGUGGAGAUUUGAGGGCCCGAUGGGAACUUGAUAGGAACCUCGAGGCGAGCUCCGGCUUUGUCUUUGAUUUUUGGUCAUGUGCCCCCCUCGGUUCUACACGCAAAUGUACAUCGAGGAAGGAGCCCAUGGUCAUAACCUCGGACAAUGCUUUAUUGCCAUGAAGCCGAGGAAAGACCUAGGCAUCGUUCGAAAGUCUCAUUACAGAUUAGUCUCCGCAGAAAUUCUGUUUUGCAUGGCCUUAUAUGGAUGUCAUCGUUCUGACCCC